UUAUACCUUAACAAUAUAUAUACCCAUUUCCACGCUUAAUCUGUUGUUCAGAUCUCUCUCUCAUUUCGUCAUAUCCUUACAAUAUCCGUAAAUUGUUCUCCUUAACAAUUAUCUGUUUCUAUCUUUUUACUGGGGGUUUAUCCAAGUCAUACAGUCGGGUGAUUAUUUACUACAGAGAAAUGGAAGUAACAGGAGGUUAAGAAGUCUUAGGUUAUGGCCUUGGCAGUGUGUGGGGGGAAAAUCAAUUCACGGAAAGAUAAAUUCAAUAUCGUCCCUGUUACCUUGAAGAAGCAGAAUUAUAGUAGGACCAGUAAAAGUGGUAUGGAAUUCGAAUCUGAUUGGACGCAGCAUAGAAAAUCUUUGGCCUUCACAGCUCAAGCGAUCCGAUUUGCAACAUCUUUCAUGCCUUGGUCUAGUAGAAUCCCCAUAAAAGAAGGAUAUCAUGAAUUUCUUUAAUCAGUUAGCAGUCUGAAGAAUGUUUAGUAUGAAGAAGAGAAUUACUGAAUCAGAUAUGUGUUUCUCCAACUCAGUCCAGCAAGAUACUCCAGCUUCUAAAAGCAAUUGUCAUUUAAUUUCUAAGGUUACUGAUGAUUAUCAUGUUCCCAUCUUGCCUGGAUUGCCAGAUGAUGUAUCAAAAUACUGUUUUGCUCUCGUUCCCCGAUCUAAUUUCCCUGCUAUGGGUGCUGUAUGCAAGCGGUGGAGGUCAUUUAUCAAAAGCAAGGAGUUCAUCACUGUUCGUAAACUAGCUGGGACGCUUGAGGAAUGGCUUUAUGUCCUGACUGUGGACGCUGAAGGAAAAGAGAGCCACUGGGAGGUUUUAGAUUGUAAUGGACAUAAACACCAACUACUCCCACCUAUGCCUGGUCCUGUUAAAGCUGGUUUUGGUGUGGUGGUUCUCAAUGGGAAGCUUCUUGUUAUUGCUGGUUAUUCUGAGGUAGAUGGAACUGGAUCUGUCUCAGCAGAUGUUUCCCAAUAUGAUUCUUGCCUCAACAGCUGGAGCAAAUUGGCUAGCAUGAAUGUGGCACGCUACGACUUUGCUUGUGCCGAAGUAAAUGGCAUGGUCUAUGCUGUUGGAGGAUAUGGGAUGGACGGAGAAUCCCUCUCUUGUAUGGAAGUGUACAACCCUGAUACUGACAAGUGGACUCUAAUAGAGAGUAUGCGCCGGCCAAGGUGGGGCUGUUUUGCCUGUGGAAUCGAGGGGAAGCUCUAUGUUAUGGGUGGGAGGUCAAGUUUUACGAUCGGAAAUUCUAGGUUCAUUGACGUAUAUAACCCUGAGAGACACACCUGGUGUGAGAUGAAAAAUGGUUGUGUUAUGGUUACUGCCCACGCGGUGCUGGGCGAGAAGCUCUUUUGUAUGGAGUGGAAGAAUGAGAGGAAACUAGCAAUUUUCAACCCCACAGACAAUUCAUGGAAGAUGGUGCCAGUUCCCUUGACUGGAAGUUUGAGCAUUGGGUUUCGUUUUGGCAUACUGGAUGGAAAACUUCUGCUAUUCUCGUUACAGGAGGAUCCUAGUUACAAAACCCUGUUGUAUAAUCCAAAUGCUGCCCCCGGCGCUGAAUGGCAAACUUCUGAGAUAAAGCCGUUGGGUUUAUGCCUGUGCAGUGUCACAAUUAAGGCAUGAUUUGGGUGUCGAGUCAAAAUCAUUCGAUGCUGGUACUCGGCUUGCUAUCUUCCUACCACUAAAAUCUUAUCUUCUGGCCCUAUGUUUUUGUUCAGUAAAAUUUGUAAUAUGCAUAUCCCUCUUUAUAUUUUUGAAUCAACGUGAAUUAUUAUCAGGGCUCUUUUGUAAUUGUUGAAUGUUUUGAUAAAUUGCAGUUUGAAUGAAUAACAUGGCUUGAAA